CUGCAAAACCAUAACAAUGGCGAUAUGAGUGGUAGACCUGAAAUUAAUAUCAACGUGAAAGAGCAUCAGCAAGGACCAGAUGAACAGAAUGGUUCGCAACAACCUGAAAUACCGCCAUUCUUAGUUGGCACACCGAUGGACGUGCAAAGAAGGUUUUUUGACAUUGUGUCAAACCGCGAUGAGACAUUCGAACAGAAACAAGUGGAACUAGACGAACUGAUGUCGAAUUUAGACAAAAAAAAACAGGUGAGUGCCAUGCUUAACUUUCAACCGUGCUAA